UGGUUCGACCGUCAGUUUCUCGCCCGCACUCGCAGCACCGACACCGCGAGCACUCGCAAACACUCGCAUCUGUCAGAGAUCGCGAUCAUCUCUGGAGCCGUGGAAGAAGUUUUAAGACGAAAAGAUCCAUCUGUUCGGAUUCGCUUUAUUUGCGUUUGGAUUUUUGUCUGUACUUUAGAAGAGACAUAACCCCUAACGGGAAGGCCUGGCUGCUUCGGGGUCGCGCAGAGGCACCUUGUUCGUGGAACUGUCCUAGGUCGGGUUAGCUCCUGGGGAAUUGCCAUGGCCACCUACGCGACGUACAGACACGUCGAGCUUGACAAUGUUGGAUACGGGAAGAAAAGAGUGUUGAAACCUCCCGGUGGUGGCAGCAGCGAUAUUUUCGGCGCGGCCCCGGAAGAAACGAGCCCACGGCGCAUCAAGGCCCACAAUCAGUCCCAGCUGAGCUCGGCUCUCUUCGGUGACACCAACGGCACCGACAACGCGACCGCUGCUGUGUCGCCCCGCAGCAACAAGCCCGGUAAUGAUUCAUACAAACGCCUGUUUGGCCCCCCCGAUGCCCCAUCCACCCCAAACGCGAGAAAUCACAUGCGCAGCAAUAUUCCCCUCAGCGGGGGAUCGUCGAUCUCGUCGCUAUCGUCGGGCACCGCGAUGUCGCCCGCGAAGAGCACGACCAGCAGCAAUUCGACGUCAGGCAUCGCCAACGGCUAUGCCAGCAACGGCAGCAACUCCUCCAAUGAUAUGACAGCUUUUAGGAGAAAGAAACGAUUUCGAGGAUUGCCGACGCGCAACCCAGUCACCGGAGACGGAAUCGAGGUGACGCCUGUGAGGCGCAUCCCACGAAAGUAUCGAGAUGGCAAUCCUGUAACCGGAAUCGGCUACGCGUCCGAGUCGCAGAAGAACGGACCAGCCAUGCAGAACGGAACCGCCAGCUCGAAUUCCAGCAACAGCGGCGAGAAGUCGAACGACACGUCGCCGGCGACGGCGAAGCCGGCAGCGACGCGCACCCGCGUCCCACCCGGUGGCUAUUCAUCCGGACUCUGGUAAAGAGUGACACGUCGCCAACAGGGGUUGUAUCCCGCUCCCCUUCCCCCCUUUUCCGAAGGGGAAUAUCUCGAUUAAUUCUUUCGGCCCUGUACUCUUAACCCAUUAAAGCCCACAAAUCCAUCUAGAGAGCCUUCUAAUCCGUAGAGUACUCUAAACUAAACGGAAAUCUAUUUUGCCACCAUCUACCCGUGCAGCGACGGGUGAGAUAUCUUUUCUAUGAUUUUUCUAGAGACACGAGAUACCUAAUAGAGAGAGGCAAGAUAAUAAAUCAUGGGCUUUAGUGGAUUAACGCUACACAACACUCUCUUUUGCUUUGUACUAAUUCAAGGAAAUAUACAGAGAAGAGUAAGAACGAACCUUUAGGCUUCUUGAUUCUCGAAGUAACUCUUUCGGCCUUCGGAGAGAACAAUAAAAUUAAUUUCACAUGUAACACGUGCUGAUGAUGAAUCGCUUCUUUCAAAACGAAAACAUUCAGCGAUGUUCAGGUACUAUUAUUGUCGGGGCCAAGAGAGUUCAAUGAAAGGGCGGAUGAAAAUAAUAAAAUCGCGUCGAAAUAUGUUAAUUCCUCAAUAAUUCGCAACACAGAAACGAGCAGUUGGUCGCGUCCGAUCAACGAUCGAACGAUAGGGAUUGCGUAUUUAAAUUUAUCGAGAUUAGGUACACUCCUGAAUUUUUCGUAUUUCAAUCUCGUGACAUACGAGUUCUAUUUCGCGAAAGAUUAAUUACUGAUCGAUUGCAUUGAAUAGAGGAUGAGAGGAUGGAAGCAAAAGUGUUUCCAGAUAUUUAAGCUUCCGCAGCAUUUCUCAGCGUGGACGACGCGUACGAGGGUCAAUGGGCUCCUUGAAAUUCUUUGUAAAUUACCGAUCCUUUAAUCAACAACUAUACAGCACGGACUUUAUUGCGUAACUGUAUAAAGGUAGUUAAAGCGAUCAUCACGCGUAAAGCGUACACCUUCGGCUGGAACGCCGUACCGCGCCAGCGAUUCGCGAGUAAUAAAUAAAUCCUCACUUCGUCAAGAAGCGCGAUUCCCUAUCGGCGAACGAUUUACAUAUAACGAGUCAUAUGAAUAAGUAGAGAAUAUACUUUUCUUCUUUUAUUAUGGCUCCUGUUCACUGAUACGUAUCCUGGAUUUCCAAUACGGGUUCAAUACGGCCAGUGAAAUCAACGAAAAAAUGUAUAAGUCGAAUAAACGUUUCAAGUUAAUACAAAUAUUUGUCAGGAGUAAUCACAAAAGGCGCUUAGUUUCGUCGAAAACUUGAAAAAAAAAA